AUGAAUAAAAUAAAAGUUCAAAAAAAAAUUGAUCACUUUUUUCCUAUCAAAAGGAAAAAAAGUGUGACCGUAAGUAGUGAAAAGGGUGCAGAUAAUUCUUCAGACUCCGUUGUAAGUACUUGUUUUGAAAAGUUAGAUAAGGAAAAUGAUUGGAAAAAAAGGAAAGUAAGCGAUAUGGAAGGAUUAGAAAAAGAUGAUAAAAUAGAUUUAAAUACUAAGGAUGUUUUUAACGAUAUCUGUGAAAUAAAAACUAAAAAUGAAGGACCGUCUGAUUAUAGUUAUAUAGACGAGAUUAAGAAAUUAAUGCACAUAGAAUGGUAUGAACAGUUAAAGAACGAAUUUAAAAAGAACUAUUUUAAAAAUAUGUAUUUGAAAAUAAAAGAAGAAAGAAAAACUAAAGUUAUAUAUCCACCUGAACAUUUAGUUUUUAGUGCUUUUUUAAAAACGCCUUUAUCAAAUAUAAAAGUAGUCAUAGUUGGUCAAGACCCAUAUCAUCAAAAAGGUCAGGCCAUGGGAUUAUGUUUUUCUGUACCGGCUGGUAUUAAAAUACCUCCAAGCUUAAAAAAUAUUUUAAAAGAAAUAAAACAAAAAAGUAAUCAUGGAAAUUUAAUUAGCUGGUCAGAACAAGGGGUAUUCUUAUUAAAUACUUCUUUAACUGUUGAAGAAAAUAAACCAGCUUCACACAAAAAUUAUGGAUGGGAAACCUUUACUGAUCAGGUUAUUAAUAUUAUAAAUCAAAAGAAACAAAAAAUUAUUUUUAUGUUAUGGGGUAAUUUUGCAAUAAAAAAAUGUUCAAAAAUUGAUACAAAGAAACAUUUUAUUUUAAAAGCUGGACAUCCAUCGCCUUUGAGUAUAAAACAUUUUGAGAAUUGUGAUCAUUUCAACAAAUGUAACAAUAUUCUUAUUCAAAAUAACUUGGACCCAAUAAAAUGGGAACUGCCCCAAUGA